AUGGACAAUGAUAAUUACUUGCUUGAGUCGUUUCUUGAAAAAUUUUACAAUCCAAGUCAGCAGAUUCUUCCCAGAGUAUCAGUCGAUACUGUGGUGUCUGGAAACUGCUAUAUGAAAAAUGAUGCAAUUGAAAGAAAUUCUUGGAUGAUUGCUCUCCCGUCUCAUUAUCCAAUUACGAAGAAAAGCCAAAGAAAAGUGCGAAGAGGCAAGAUCUUAUUAUUUAUUGCCUUAAUUAUAACUGCUGUGUUCUCAGCACUUUUAGCAUUCUUUAUAGAUGUCGUAAGUCAAGAAUUACUGUUUUUAAGACUAGAUUUAUUGUCGUUAGCUGAAAGUCAUGUCGUAAGUGUUCUUAUAUGAGUGGCUUACUCUCUUGUCUUUAGUCUAAUUGCUGCUUCAUUUGGGGAUUGGCUUUGCCAAGCAGCUGAAGGAGCGGGAUUUGCUGAAUUGCGAGUAAUUCUUACUGGUAUCGAAAUUCCUAACUUUUUAGAAUGGAAGACCCUUAUUGCCAAAACUUUUGGGCUUAUUUGUGCAAUAGGCGCAGGGCUGAGCAUAGGAAAAGAAGGCCCCAAUGUCCAUAUGGCUUCGAUUAUUGCGGAAAGAGUUAUAAGUUUAGGGCCUUUUAACAAAAUUAAAAGAGAAGUGAAUUUAAGAUAUAGACAGGGUUGCUUCUAGCUUACUCUAAAGCUCUGGAUUUUCUCCCAGCUGGUAAGUUUAAUCUUUGGUAAUGAAUAUUGCCUUAACCAACCUCAAGUAUUUAAACAGAAAUUUAGCUCAAGAUAACUAAAAGCAGCCCUUGGCUAUAUAUUUUACUGACAGCUUCAAUUGCUGCUGGGACUGCAGCAACUUUUGGAACUCCUUUAGGUGGCGCAAUUUUUGGAAUUGAGCUAACAGGGACUUAUUUCUUUGUAAACAAUUUUUAUAAAAGCGUAUUUUGCAGUUUAGUAACAGCUUACAUGUUUCAUAUUUUACAAAGCUUUGAAAUAGUCCCGCAGAUAGAAAAGGUUUCUUAUGGCCAUCAUACGUUGUGUGGAGAUUUUUAUAUUCACAUUAUUACUGGAUUUAUUAUCGCAAUAAUAGGUGUCACUUUUGUACAAGCUGUUCAAUAUAAAUAAAAUCGUAUUCAGAGCGAGAAAAAUGCGCUCUGCUAAUUUUCUCUCCUUCAUGGAUUUUAUUUAUGAAGUAUUUGUUUAUCUUGAGAACUUUUAGCUUUGGGAUAACUAGAGGAACUUCUCACAGUGUAAUCAAGAGGUUCAAGUUUCGCCACUCAUCAAAUCCUAGGAGGAUGGCCUAAGGCAGAGUAAGCACUGUAAUGAGCGAGCGAAGGGUAAGGCUUCGUGCAGGGGAGAAAAGUGCUGGCCAGGGUAGCAGGCGCUUAUUUGGGAUGGUCCGAGCUUUUGGAUCUGAAAUGCUUGUGAUAUCAGUAUUUUGACUCUGUCCCUUUGGUGAGGGGUGUGGCAUUAGACACCUUAAACACUUUAGUUAAUAUAAUGUAAUGUGCAAGCUGUUUCAAAAAUUGACUAAAUUCAGAAGUCAGAAAAUAGUUCCAUGGCUAUAUCAUAGAUAUAGAUAUGCAGCAGCUAUUUCUAUAUUUACUUCAUUGACUACAUUUUAUGCAAUUUGACUUAGGAUUAGUGAUGCAAUACUUAUAAACUUAAUGUUCAGCUCUGAUAAGUUGCCUGAUAGCUGGGUAGGACCAGAAAUUUUAGGCUUACCUGGACAAAUCCCAAUAUUAAUUUUAGUAGCUUUUUUAAAAAUUUUGUUACUAUCAAUCGAUAUAACAAUUCAAGCUCCAGUCGGAUUUUUUACACCUUGCAUUUGUGUUGGGGCUAUUUUAGGUAGAGUUUUUGGAGAAUUUUCCUUGUUUUUAGGCUAUCCAACAUUUCCAGGUAUUUAUGCAGCAGUAGGAGCAGCUUCCCUUGCAACAUCUACAACUCAUACCCUUUCAGUAGCCCUUAUGAUAUUCGAAAUGAUCGAAGAUAUCCACUUCCUAGUGCCAAUGUGCCUAACUCCCCCCAUUUAAUAACGAACAAAACCGUCAUUUUUUUUCCUAAAAAUUUUUCCUUAGGCCCCCCAUUUAAUAACGAACAAAAUUUACUAUAAAAUUUAUAUAAGCUAAUUUAGUCUUUAUAGUUUACUAAUUUUAAGUAGUUAGAAUAAGAUAAGGACAAAUAUAAUCGAGCAAAGAAUAAUAAAUAAGAGCUAAUAAGUUAAUAGUGGCUUAAUCUUAAGCUGAUGCUUUACUCCCCCGCUCCGUGAGCGAACAAAACAAUUUCGUUCGCUUACGAAGGGAGUUAAUUUUUUUAUAAAAAAUUUUUUAUAAAUUUUAUAGGUAUUUUUUUUUUUUCGAAAUUUAAAAAAAUCCUAAUUUGUAAAAACUGGAAAGCAAAUAUUAAUUGAAUUUGUAGAAUUUAUGUUUCAAAACGUAAUUUAUUUAAAAUUAAACAGAAUUAGCUCCAGAUUUCAUUAUAAUAAUUAUCAUUUAUAUAUCAAUUUUUUUUUUCAUAAAACAUUUUUCUAUUAAAAAAAAAUUUAUUCGCUAACGGAGGUGAGGGAUUUUUCUAAUGGUUUUGUUCGCUCACGGAGGGGUGGGGAUUUAUCAAUAGUUAUCUUUUCGCUUUCAUUUAGGCGCUUUCUCUUUCUGUUGCCAUCAUUUGAAUCCUUUUAUUAUUAACUCUUUAAAUGAAAUUUUUUAUAAAAAAUUCAUAAAUAUUUAAUAUAAAUUUUUAUAUAUAUUUUUUUCCCAAAAAUUUUAUAAGUUAGACCCCAUUUAAUAACGAACAAAAAAGUGUUCGUUAUUAAAUGGGGGGGAGAGUAAGUGUUUUUAUUUCUUAUGCGGUGAGUUCAUAUAGCCAUAAAAGUAUUUAUGAUACUCUUAUUGCUAUAAAAAAUCUCCCUUUUCUUCCAAUAUAUAAAAGAUGAUCAACUAUAGGCCCUUCCUAUAGAUGGCGCGCAAUGCGCCAUCAUCGGGCCAUGUCGGGAGAGGGUUCUCCACGAGGAAUGAUUCCACGUGUGGAAUCCUUUUUUGGCUCGUGGAAAAAGAGGGUUCCACACGUGGAACUAUUCCUCGUGGAGAACCCUCUCACGACAUGGCCCGAUGAUGGCGCAUUGCGCGCCAUCUAUAGGAAGGGCCUAUAAUAGCUGCUGUGCAAGAGAUGUAGCAGACCCAUCAAUUCCUUACAUUCCAAAAUAUUGCACACUAAGAGAUCUAAUUGAUGCUCUCAGUGACUCCUCUAUGUUUUCAGUCCUUCCAGUGCUUGAUGAUGAAUUUUAUCUUAUAGGUGAAAUAAACGCACUUAAUGUAAAAAAAUAUUUGUCACAGCGUUUUGAGAAUGAUACAAGAAAUUUAUCAACGAAAGCAAGAAAAACUAUAUGAAAUGAGCUAACUGAGACUCCGCUGUUCAUUGAAAUGACAGCUGAAGUAAAGCUCCAAGUUGAUGAAUUUUGGGAGAGUUCUGUAAACCUGUGAUCUGAAACCCUGAAAUUUAAUACAUCGCCUUUGUUUGUUUCGCAGAAGACUCCACUUUAUAAGGUUCAUUAUAUUUUUAUGAUGUUAGGUCUUGUGCAUAUUUAUGUUGUAGAUCAAGGGAAAUUUGUUGGGAUUAUUGCCCAUUCAUGUUUCUCACAUAGGCCUAAAACUGAGGAGUUUUAA